AUGACUCCAUCUACUCCACCAAGAUCUAGGUCAACUGUCUUUUUCAGUCAUCAAUUACAACCAAGACAAAAGUUAGAUGAAAGUAAUAGUAAUAAUAAUAAUAUCCAUUCUGAUUCUGCCCUUAAUGACAAUAUUUAUGAUGACGAUGGUUUCUUUCUAUCCAAUUUUCCAAGAAAACCUCAGGCUCCUCCUGAAACACCCAAAAAGAAUACUGGUCUAGAUAUUCCAAUGACCCCAUCCACUAUUUUACAUCGUUCAUAUAAUAAUACUAAUGGUACUAGUAAACUAUUAUCCAAAUAUGAUAAAAGUAGCAUAAGUUAUAAUAAUAGGAAUAAUAAUCCUAUUAUUAGCGGUGGUAGUAGUAGUAGUAGUAAUAAUAAUAAUGUGUUAUUGGCACCCCCUUUACCCAAAUUUAAUGGUUUAAGGUCACCAGAAUUCUCUCCAAUGAGAAGAUUAUCAAUAGUACCCAGUGAUAAUGAUACAAGCAAUAAUGACAGUAUUACAGAAGAUGAAGAUGUUAAAAUUAAUAAAAAUAAUGUUAAUAGAGUGUUAUUUCCAAUAAGUUUGAGUUCUGAUGACGAUAAUAGUAGUGAUAAUGGAGAUGGUGAUACCGAUGAUGAAUUAUUUGCACCUUCUACCCCACCAAGUAAAAUGGCUAAGAAUUGUCCGGGUACGCCAUCACAUCAAAUAAUAACUUUGAAGCAAGCCAAAGAGUGGAAUAAUGAAUCAUAUCCUUUAUACAAUAAAACAUACGGGAAAGAAGGAGGUAAAAAUAGUGAAUAUGGUUAUGAUAGUGAUGAUGAUGAUGAUAGUGACUUUAUAUGUGAGGCAAAGUUAGAAAAUCCAUUUAUAACAUCCUUUUCUUCUUCUCAGUCUCCUGUUAACUCAAGGUCAUUAAGUAAGAAAGAAAGAUUAGAAAGACAUCGACAAUUGAUUAAAGAGAAUCCAGAUAUUGAAAAUGUUAUCACCUAUGUUAAUAAGCGUGGUGAAAUAUCUAAAAGAAGGGUAUUGACAUCAAAGGAGAAAAAGAGAUUUAAACCAAGAGCAUUGAUAUUUAAGGAUGAUGAAGACAGUGGUAAUGAAUAA